AUGGCUCCGUUAAGAGGUCAUUUUGAGAAUGAUGCUUCAGAGAAACGGAUUUCCUCCAGGUCAGAUUCGACUUCCACAGAGCCGAAAAAUGAUCCUUUCAAUGCAACCGAAGUAUAUGGGGACAAGCCAUCUUAUGUAGAGGUAAUCGAUAUCUGCCAUAUGCCAACACAUUCUGCAAAGAAUAGGCCAGAUGGUGACCGAAUGGUGCGCCAUCGUCGACUUCCAAAUGUUCACGAUAUGUGCUCUCAUCUGCAGAACAAAACCGACGGACAAGUUGACCAGUGUACUCGCAUAAUCUCCAUUUGCCAAACCUACUCAUGGGCCGCUCUAGAUGUCUCCGAGGACACGCUACAAACCAUUCUAUCACAUUACAUCGUGGCCCGCGAGUUCACAACAAUAUUAGGAUCUUUUUAUUUCAAGACAUUGGGAUUAGAAGAAGGAUUUAUAUCUUCACCCUGGAAACGCAUACACCAAAUAUAUCCUGACGGGCGUCUGACAUAUGAACUAGGAUACAUCUUCAAAUACCCCGAAAUCAAGUGCAUCGACGAAACGACCGGAGCUGAGAGAUGGUCCAUCCGUCAGACUGGCGUAUAUCAGAGAGUGGGCACUACUAAUAGAGAUAAGGACAGUGUCUUCAUUCUACUGCAUCCGCAAUACUCCUCGGCGUUACAAAGGAGCCUAGAAGCAACCCUCGUGCAUGGAGACUCUAUACCAAUAACUCAAUCAGUAGGGGGACAUGGAGACUUGAUGAUGAUAACGAAGAAAAACGCUAGCCCCUUGGCGUUGCAUUUAUAUAUACUGGGGACGUAUAUGUACAAUUGGCGUGCAUAUAUGAAGAAUGAAGAAAAGUUGUUGAUCAAGACGAGCUAUCAAGCAUUAUCCAUCGAUAUAACCGAAGACCUCCCUUUUGACGACCUCUAUGAAUCUCUUUCCAGCCUUCACAAUCUAGAAACGCGCCUUGCACCCCUCCGAAGCAUCUUUCCUGCGACAAAACGGAUCCUCCAACUUCUAAUCAAACUCAACAAUGCCUACGCUCACCCCGACAAAGUGUACAUAAACGAGCGACUCGACAACAUGGAGGAAAUGAUAAAUAGCUUCGAUGACAAUUUGCAAUAUCUGAUGAGUCGUGUGGCGAGCAUAUGCUCUCUGCUUUCGAACACGAUCAGCCUGAAAAACGAGAACACGUCCAAUCAAGUAUCUAAUAGUAUGCUGAAAUAUAAUAGAUUUACGGUGGAUGAUAGUGCGACUGUGCGGGUUAUUACGUUGGUGACGCUGAUUUAUCUACCUCCGACUUCGGUCUCUGGCUUUUUCAGUAUGGGCGCAUUUUUUUCAGUCCAAAACGACGGCGGAGCACAAUCGAAUACGCUAAUAACUCCAUAUAUAUGGCUAUAUUUUGUGGUGGCGAUUCCUCUGACGGCAUUUACGGUGGCAUAUUGGUGGUGGAAGUCGAGGAGGCAGAGGCUAGCGAGAGAGAAGCAGGGGACACAGGAUUUAUCGUUGGCUUGA